UGGCGACUGGCCAAGGACUUGGUGUUUAAUGCAGUACAUCGAAUGCCGUUUUACUGCAGGUUUGUGUUUUUCAACGAACAUUUUAGAUAAUGCUGACGCUGGGUCAUCCGUUUUGGUGUUGUAUAUGAUUGUUAUAAUAUCUCUAUUACUGGAAAACUACACAAGUAACCAAAAUAAGACUGUGUUAACAGUGACGACGGCUUAGCGCUUUAGUGUAUUAGUAGCUAUGGCAGCGAGUCGCCUAGCAACUAACUUGACAGAUGACUACCUUACGUGUAGUAUAUGUUGUGAAAUAUUUAAAGAUCCUCGCCAGUUGUCAUGUGAUCAUUCGUUCUGUCUAUCUUGUCUCCUUGACUACGGACAGAAAUGUACACCAUCUGGACAAAUUUUGUGUCCGAUUUGCCGAACUGCCAAUUCAUGUCCAAUUGGAAGUGAUUUUCGUACCUGGAUAAAAACCUUCCCUUCUGACCUUCUACUUCAGGCCAUUUUAACAACGGUAAAAAAUCAUGAUUCCAACUCCCUUAUUUCUAUUGAUGAAACCGUGUUUUCAGAAAAAAACUCGGAAAAGAAUAUUUGUACAAAACACAAUUCUAAUAUCCAGGAUGUAUACUGCUUCACGCAUGCGUUGUUACUGUGUGCCACUUGCGCAUGGAUAGAUCAUGGCCAAUGUAUGAGUUUCCCAUUGGAUGACUGCUCUGAUAAAAUUUCAGAGAUCAUUCGACAGCUGAAGUCUCGUUCUGACAAACUGUCCAAUCGUGUUUCACAUAUCAAACAGCAAGGGGGGCACGUCAAAGACAUAAUCGAGCAAUGCAGAUCUAGGUCACAAGCCUCGUUACGGGAAAUACAAGAUGCUCUUCAACAGUUUUGGAGCAAGGCGCAAUUAAAUGUCCAACAUCUCGCGCAGUCCAUUCACCAAAGAGACAAUGACGUCAUCAAUGUGAUAUCAUCAGUUUCUGUGAUUCAGGAUGAUCUGAUGAAUUUGACUCAGGAUCUCGGAAACGCUUAUCAGACCGGAAGUAAAAUCAAGACACUAAAUUUGCUAGAGGAAUGUGAAAGGAGGGUAAAAGAGCAUGACCUCUGUCUGACUAACAUUGACACCAGUUUAAACGGUGCCACUCCAUUUAGUUUGGAUACCAACGCAGAUCUAUUAAAUUUUUGCUCUGAUUUUCGCACUGUCGGUAACCUAAAGUCUGAAGAAAUGGAAAGUAAAUUAGCAGAUUUUUCAAAACUAGACCUAUCCUUGCAGAAAGUUUCCGUGUCGUUCGCAAACACUUCUAAAGAUUUUUCAACGCGUUUUGGGACCUCAAAAGCAGAUAUCCCUACGAGUUCUGUGACCUUUACAACAGAUAUCCCUACGCGUUCUGUGACCUCUACAACAGAUAUUCCUACGCGUUCUGUGACCUCUACAACAAAUAUUCCUACGCGUUCUGCAUACUCUUCGACAGAACUAUCAGAAACAGAUUCUUCUUUCCCAGAUGCUUCCUGCACCGAUGACGAUGAAAGCUACGUUCAUGUAGCUGGAAAGCGCGGUUCGCUGGCAUCGGCGUCUUCAACAUCAUUGUUCGAAAGCUUUUCUCAUCGUGCAAUCCACGUAGGAGACAACAUUCGGGGGAUAUUUACACUUUCUGAUAUUUGUAUUGUAGGCGAUCACGUGAUCGUUGUUGACCAAUACAACAGCUUAGUGAUGAAAUUCGAUGUCAGCUCCGGAGUAUGUGUCGAUAAAUUAACAAUAAUGGAACCACAUCACAUCGCUCUGAUCCCAGAGUCUCGUUGUGUUCUCGUCACAUGUUGGUCUCUAAACGAGAUUUAUACAGUGGAUGUCCAGCCUCGCCUACAAGUCAAAGGAGAACCGCUUAAAACGCUCAAACACUACAUCGGAAUACACGUGUACAAUCGACAGCGAAUGCUGGUUUCGGCCCUGGACAAAUCCAUCGAUGUCAUCAACUUCCACGGUCACGUGAUUCAUUCCAUCCGCCCCCGUUACCAAACUCGCCUUUCCGGGAUUUUAGGUGGAGGUUGCAUUCUUGUACCGGCAGACAUUUGCCUUCUUUCUGAGGACAGUAUCCUUGUGUUGGACGGGGUGAGGAAAUCUAUCGUUGCUGUCCACUUUUCCGGUAAAACACUCUGGAGCAAACACAUAGAAGGCAUUUCCGGUUUCACCGUUUUCAACGGAAAGGUUUACGUGUGUAGUAGCAAAACAAACACUGUCAUGACCUUGAAUGGGAACGGAAAGAUUAUAGACAGACAUUUCCUAUCGAGAUUCGUCGGAAUCAAACAUCCUUGGGCAUUAGAUGUCCAUGAAAAUAUGAUAGUUGUUUCCGAAGAUUCACCUUCCGGGACAUUCCACGUAGUCAUUGUGGAAAGUUAAGGCAUGCAUUGUCAAAAAACAUCACAAUGACUAAGAUACAUUUAAAUAAUUACAGCAAUUUUUAAACAAUAAUUUUAUUCAGAAUAAGGAGCAUAAUAUGAUGGUAUCAAUAAGUAGCUGAUUAUGAGAAAACAUAAAACGCACCGUCCAAUAUCUCGAUACUUGGUCAUGCUCUCAACAAUAUCUGGGAUAUCAAAAUCGUUGAUUAGUUUUUGCUGAUCAAAUUUUCAAAAUGUAGUUUUAAGAUACAGGUAACAGUUUCCGAUACCUUAAUAUGAUGGAAGGCCUUGAUUUAGGCUGGUGUUCAUAGGGUUGUGAAUGCGGUUAUCCCUCAAUAUUUCAAUUUCUACUCAAGUUGGACUCGAUGAAACUACCAAACUUAAUCUGUUUCAUUUGCUCAUGAAUUUGACCAGAUCAGUGCGUAUGAAUACAUGGUUAAAAUCCUUCCGCGGAACUAUUUCACUUUUUCUACAUUGUUGUUAUAAACAUGGAUUAAUUAUUAAAAUUAUCAAAUUUAUAAUGUAUUUUUGUAUUUUAUGAAAGACACGAUAUGCUAGAUACUUUUUUUGGACAAAAUAAUGCUGUUUUUAAUCCUAAAAUUGCGGACUAUUUUACUCGACCGACAAGACAUGCACAAUCCGGAACUCCUCGGGCUUUUCCGCAU